GGGGCCCGGCGGGAGCGGAGCGGCCGAGAUGGUGCCCGAGCUGGAGAAAGCUACGGUCCGGAUCCGGCAGCCCGAGCGUGUGCGGGGGAUCAUCCAGUCUCUCCGGGAGCAAGGGGUGGCCAAACUGCAGGUGAUUUCCGACUUUGACAUGACGCUGAGCAGGUUUGGUUGCAAUGGCAGGCGCUGCCCCACAUCUCACAAUAUCCUUGAUACCAGCCGUGUUAUCAGCGAGGAUGGCAAGAAGAAGCUGAAGGAUCUGCUCCACUAUUACUAUCCCAUUGAAAUAGAUCCCAACCGGACCCUGGAAGAGAAAUGUCCCCUCAUGGUGGAGUGGUGGACCAAGGCCCAUGAGCUGCUGGUGCAGCAGAAGAUCCACAAAGGUGACAUAGCUCAGAUCGUCAGAGAGUCAGAAGCGAUGCUCAGGGAUGGCUUCAGGGAGUUCUUUGAUCAGCUGCAUAAGAACAACGUCCCCCUGUUCAUCUUCUCGGCUGGCGUUGGCGAUAUCCUGGAAGAGAUUAUCCGUCAGGCCAACGUCUUCUACUCCAACGUCAAUGUGGUGUCCAACUACAUGGACUUCAAUGAUGCUGGAAUCCUCACGCACUUCAAGGGACCCCUCAUCCACACCUACAACAAGAACAACACCGUGCUGCAGGGCACGGAGUACUUCCAGCAGCUGAGCACAAGGACGAGCAUCAUCCUGCUGGGGGACUCCAUGGGUGACCUGACGAUGGCAGAUGGUGUUCCCAGUGUGGAGAACAUCCUCAAGAUUGGCUUUCUCAAUGACAAGGUGGAGGAGCGGAGGGGGAAGUACCUGGAUUCCUAUGACAUUGUGCUGGAGAGCGACGAGACGCUGGACGUGGUGAACGGGAUUCUGCGGUACAUCCUGGCUGAGACAUGAGCUGGGGACGUGGUGUCCCAGCUCCAGCCACGCAGCAGGCACGGGGCAGGGAAUGUCCUUCCCAGGACAGAGCUGGUGGGGACCUGCUGGAGCUGGCUGGGCUCCAUCCUGACCUCACUAAUGCCCUCAGCCAGCCCUGGAGCAGGAGAGGUGAGAAGGAGGAAGCUUCUCCUUUACACCAACCCUGCCUGGCUCUGCAGUUUCCCACCCAGAGUGACUUCGUCCCACUGGGAAUUCACCCCUGCCACCUCCUGAGGCCACAACAAACCAUUCCCCAUUUCAGGCAGAGAUGUUCUGCAUUUGCUUCAGCAGCUGAGGGUGGAAUGGAGACAGUUUACUGUGGGCUGAGGCCUGGUUUAGAUGUGCCACUGUGUUCCUGACUAAGAAAACAAGUUUCUCUCUCGUCCUGUUUUCUGUGGACUUCAAAGCUCCUGGGCUGACUCUGGUGCCAGUGCAGCUGCUGGGCUGGUGUGGCCCUGCUGGCCAUCACAUCACCCAGCCCCACAUUCCCCAUGUAAACCAGCAGCUCUCUAGCCUCGUGUCUCAGCUCACCCAUCUCUCUUGCACCAGUGCAGCUCUUACUCUGGAAAAAAAGCUUUUUCCAGCCGUCCCUCAAGACCCAGAGCUCAGCUGCAGCUGCUGCCCAAAGCCAGAAGUAAGUUUGUCUGCCAGGGAUCAGAGGAGUAGGGUGGGGAUGGGGGAGGAGGGGCCAAUGGCAAAAUUUUGAGUUUUAAGCAAUGUUUUACCUGACCAUGUUUGUAUACUAAAUUUCUGGGCUGAUCCUUGGCUCUCAGAGCAGCAAUAGGAAAAGACUAUUUUAUUUCUGUAUAACCUCUGGUUAUGUUGGACUAUGGGAAG